UUAGUGGCGGCACCUGACUUGCUGGAUCCUAAAUCGGCCACUCAGAACUCCAAACCAAGAUUAUCAUUUUCUACCAAGCCUACCGUGCUCUCUUCACGGGAGGAAAGUGACACAGCUAUUAAUGUUAUGAAAUGGAAGACAGUCUCAACAAUUUUUCUGGUGGUAGUUGUGUAUUUAAUAAUUGGAGCAACAGUAUUUAAAGCCCUGGAGCAGCCUUAUGAAACCUCCCAGAGAACCACCAUUGUGAUUCAGAAGCAGACGUUUGUAUCUCAGCAUUCCUGUGUGAAUGCAACAGAGCUUGAUGAACUCAUUCAGCAAGUAGUGGCAGCAAUAAAUGCAGGAAUCAUACCUUUAGGAAACACAUCUACUCAGAUCAGUCACUGGGACUUGGGAAGUUCCUUCUUCUUUGCUGGCACUGUUAUUACCACCAUAGGCUUUGGAAACAUCUCACCACGCACACAAGGUGGAAAGAUAUUCUGUAUCAUCUAUGCCUUACUGGGAAUUCCUCUGUUUGGUUUUCUGUUGGCUGGCGUUGGAGAUCAACUAGGAACAAUCUUUGGAAAAGGAAUUGCCAAAGUUGAAGAUACCUUUGUUAAAUGGAAUGUCAGUCAGACAAAGAUUCGCAUAAUUUCAACAAUAAUAUUCAUACUAUUUGGCUGUGUGCUGUUUGUUGCUCUUCCUGCAGUUAUAUUCAAGCACAUAGAAGGCUGGAGCACACUAGAUGCAAUUUAUUUUGUGGUUAUCACUUUAACUACCAUUGGGUUUGGUGACUAUGUUGCAGGGGGAUCAGAUAUUGAGUACCUAGAUUUUUACAAACCAGUGGUGUGGUUCUGGAUCCUUGUUGGGCUUGCUUACUUUGCAGCUGUCCUCAGCAUGAUUGGAGACUGGCUAAGAGUCAUAUCAAAAAAGACAAAGGAGGAGGUAGGGGAGUUCAGAGCCCAUGCCGCAGAAUGGACAGCCAAUGUCACAGCAGAGUUCAAAGAAACACGGAGGCGUCUAAGCGUGGAGAUCUAUGACAAGUUUCAGCGGGCUACCUCUAUCAAAAGAAAGCUCUCUGCAGAGCUAGCAGUCAACCACAAUCAAGACCUGACUCCUUGCAAGAGAACCCUGUCAGUCAACCAUCUAACCAGUGAGAAGGACAUCUUGCCAGCUCUGACAAAGACAGACAGCAUUUAUAUGAAUGGUUUGACGCCUCACUGUGCAGCAGAAGAGAUAGCUGUUAUUGAAAAUAUUAAGUAG